ACUUUCUUCGAUGGACUUUGCGUGAACACCGCCUGCCUUUACAUUCGAGAAUCCAGCUUCGCCUUCAAUUGUCUUGCUGCUGCUGCUGCUCCCCAGUGUGUCGGAGUGUGUUAGCGGCCCAAUGAAAGGAGAGGUCGGGAAUUCUGGGAAUGUUGAGUCGGGGCUGGAAGCCAGGAUAGGAAAUGUGAUGGAGAAGCACUGACAUUACAACAGGGAUCUUAGACAGGCCUUCCAAAUUUGCCAGCCCCAAGCAUGCAGUAACAAGCUUGUAUAGGUACUGAAGUGGUGGACACAUUGACUGAUUGCUCCAUUCAAUCAGAGUAUUGUUUCACUAAGUAAGAACUGACCUGCCACAGGAGAGUCCACAACAGCAACCAUGUAUGGAAGCGCAAGAACGGUCGGGCAUUUGGAAGGCAGCCCCUCCAGGUCUCCCCGUUUGCCGAGGUCCCCCCGGCUGGGGCACAGGCGAACAAACAGCGGAGGGGGCGGGGGGGCCGGAGGGGCUGGCAAGACCUUGUCAAUGGAGAACAUCCAGUCUCUGAACGCCGCUUACGCCACCUCGGGGCCCAUGUACCUGAGCGACCACGAAGGGGUGGCGACCACCACAUUCCCAAAGGGCACAAUGACCCUUGGAAGGGCUACAAACCGGGCGAUGUACGGGGGCCGGGUCACUGCCAUGGGGAGCAGCCCGAACAUCGCUUCGGCUGGUCUUCCUCAUGCAGAUAUCCUCUCCUACGGCGAUCAUGGCACCCUGACCUCGGCUGGCCUUCACCACCAGGUUCCCUCUUCACUCAGGCAGGUCAGGGACAACACCAUGCUGGAUAUGCACUCCCAGCUCAAGGACUUGCACAGGGAGAAUGAGCUGCUCCGCAAGGAGCUGGAUCUCAAGGACGGCAAGCUGGGUUCCUCCAUGAACAGCAUCAAGACAUUCUGGAGCCCCGAGCUGAAGAAGGAGAGGGUCUUGAGGAAAGACGAGGCAGUCAGGAUGUCUGUUCUGAAAGAGCAGAUGAGGGUUUCUCAUGAGGAGAAUCAGCAUCUCCACGUGACAAUCCAAGCUCUGCAAGAUGAACUGAGAACCCAAAGGGACCUGAACCACCUUCUGCAGCAGGAGAGUGGCAGCAGGAUCGCAGAUCAUUUCACCAUCGAGCUGACAGAGGAGAACUUCCGGCGGCUGCAGGCGGAACACGACCGACAGGCCAAGGAGCUCUUCCUCUUACGAAAGACCCUGGAGGAGAUGGAGCUCCGCAUCGAAACGCAGAAGCAAACGCUCAACGCCAGGGACGAGUCGAUCAAGAAGCUGCUGGAAAUGCUGCAGAGCAAAGGCUUGCCUUCCAGGUCCAUGGAGGACGACAACGAAAGAAUCCGUAGGAUGGGCGAGGCCGAAUCGCAGGUCAAUCACCUGGAGGUGAUCUUGGACCAGAAAGAGAAGGAGAACAUCCACCUCCGAGAGGAGCUGCACAGGAGAACCACCGUUCAGCAAGAGCCUGCGAAGAUGAAGGCUCUUCAGACUGUCAUUGAAAUGAAGGAUACCAAAAUCGCAUCACUUGAGAGGAAUUUAAGGGACCUUGAAGAUGAAAUCCAGAUGUUGAAGACUAACGGUUUGCUGAACACAGAAGACCGAGAAGAAGAAAUUAAGCAGAUGGAGGUGUACAAGAACCAUUCGAAGUUUAUGAAAAACAAGAUUGACCAGUUAAAACAAGAGCUGUCAAAAAAGGAAUCUGAACUCCUUGCCUUACAAACCAAGCUUGAGACUCUGAACAAUCAGAAUUCGGAUUGCAAGCAACACAUCGAGGUGCUCAAGGAGUCUCUCACUGCAAAGGAGCAGAGAUCUGCCAUACUCCAGACUGAGGUCGAUGCUUUACGAUUGCGGUUAGAAGAAAAAGAAUCUUUUCUCAACAAAAAGACAAAACAACUCCAGGACCUCACUGAAGAGAAAUGCACUCUGGCCGGCGAGAUCAGGGAUAUGAAGGACAUGCUGGAAGUGAAGGAGAGAAAGAUUAACGUCCUUCAGAAAAAGAUUGAAAAUCUUCAAGAACAGCUCCGGGACAAAGAUAAGCAGCUCACAAACCUGAAGGACAGAGUGAAGUCUCUGCAGACCGACUCUAGCAACACAGACACUGCCUUAGCAACGCUGGAGGAGGCCCUCUCUGAAAAGGAAAGAAUUAUCGAGCGCCUGAAGGAACAAAGGGAACGAGAUGAUCGGGAAAGGCUGGAAGAGACGGAGUCCUAUAAAAAAGAAAACAAGGACUUGAAGGAGAAGGUUAAUGCAUUGCAGGCUGAACUGACGGAGAAAGAGGCUGGUUUAAUCGACUUGAAGGAACAUGCAUCUUCUUUAGCUUCUUCGGGCCUGAAAAAGGACUCCAAAUUGAAAUCCCUGGAGAUUGCCAUAGAGCAAAAGAAGGAAGAGUGUAGUAAGUUGGAAACACAAUUGAAAAAGCAAGCAGAGCAGUUGUUCAAUCAGAUGUACAAGCCAGCCCAUGAAGCGGAGGAGGUAGCAAGGAUAAACCCUGAGUUUGCAGAGAAAGUGAAGCACUUGGAGAAAGAGGUGGCGUAUUACAAAGAAGAGUCGGGCAAGUCUCAGGCAGAGGUGGACCGACUCCUGGAGAUCCUCAGGGAAGUGGAAAGCGAGAAGAGUGACACGGAUAAGAAAAUCGCAGAGCUGGAGGGCUUGGCUUCCAGACAAGUGAAGGACCAGAACAAGAAGGUGGCCAAUCUGAUGCACAACCAGGAGGUGGAGAAGAAGAAGAGCGCACAGUUACUGGACGACUCCCGCAAGCGAGAGGACAGCCUGACGGACAACUCGCAGCAGCUGCAGGACUCGAUGCGUGAGAGAUCAGAACGAGUGGAGGAGCUGGAGAAGGCCCUGCGUGACAGCGUGCACAUCACUACGGAGAGAGAGCGGGUCCUGGCCCAGGAAGAGUCUGCUCGCUCUGCUGCUGAGAAACAGCUGGAGGAGCUGAUGAUGACGCUGGAAAAGACCAGGCAGGAGUUGGACUCCACCAAAAUGCGACUGUCCUCCACGCAGCAGUCACUCUCGGAAAAGGAUGGGCACCUCACCAACCUGAGGCUUGAGCGAAGAAAACAGCUUGAAGAAAUCCUGGAGAUGAAGCAAGAAGCACUGCUAGCGGCCAUCAGUGAAAAAGACGCAAACAUUGCCUUACUGGAGCUGUCUUCAUCCAAGAAGAAGAAGACUCAGGAAGAGGUGAUGGCACUGAAGCGGGAGAAGGACAGGCUGGUUCACCAGUUGAAACAGCAGACACAAAACCGGAUGAAGCUGAUGGCUGAUAGCUAUGAUGAUGACCAUCACCAUCACCACCAACCACAGCAGCACCCACAGCACCCACAGCACCACCCGCCGCAACAUCAGCACCCACAACAGCACCACCCUCACCCACACCCGCACCCACAGCACCACCCUCAACACCGCUCUCCAGCCAGACCCCCGCACGCCAACCACAGGCCCUCUCCUGAUCAGAUGAUCCAGUCACUGUUGGAAAAACACAGCCAUGGCAUGAAGCUGAAACUCUACAUUGAUCACUUGACCACACUUUGCCUAGAAAGGGACCCCCAGUUCCUGGAAGGUCUUCCACCUUUAUCAACUGCUGAGGAAGAGGAUGAUGAGCGUCUGUGGGAGGAGAGGGCAAAGAGUUUGACGACUGAGCAGCUAUCAGAAGAUCUGGAGAAGGAAGAGUUGAAGAAUUCAGCACUGCAGGACCGCUCUGACAGCCUGCUCCAGCGCAUCGCAGACGUGUACCCUGACAUCCUGGAGCAGGUCAUCAAGACUCUGGAGGAAGAGUGUUAAAGAAAGGCAUGGCGCAAUUCAGCACAUUCUCUGUACUAGCAUCUGGCAUGCCUUAAUGGGAACGUGUGGGGAGGCACACUUGGUCCCUUGCUUUGCCACGUGUUAACUCACCUGUGUCAUUUGACUUUCAGAACAAAUCUGCAAAAUCUAUGCGCACCGUGUAUAACUAUUGCCAACUUUUUCAUAAUCCCAGGUCAGACAUGCAUAGUGUUGCUAUGUUUAGUGAUGUUAAUAGAGCCAUAUAUCAUUCCAUGAGUCAUUUCCUAAGAACACACGCUAAAGAAGUGUCUCCUCAUACCAUUGAAGGACCAUCUAGAAGGUUUCUUCUUCAGCUUCAAUCUGGACUCCAUAGUGCCGCUGCAGCUUUGUCGGGGAAGAAAAGGGUUGAAAACAUAAUAUUUUAAAAGCCAUGGUUUAACCCUGUCAUCAGGAAGCAUUGUUAUCUAUGCAGAACCCUUUAUGCAUUCAUAAUAAAGUGCUGAUGAAACGGUUAGCAUUUAUUUAUGCUAUUCUAAGCACAGAUGUCAAUGGUUUACAAGUGUUUCAAUGAAGUGUUUUAUAUGGAACAAAGAAAAGGAUGAUCCCCCAAUCCACAGUUGUCUUCCUGUUGACAGCUUGUCUUAUACUCCUGCAUCAGCGCUGGUCAAGAUGGAAGUGAUCUCUUCAAGUUUCUGAAUGCCAUACUGAGAGAACGAUGAGCGAUAUUUAGCAAAGCUCAUCUUUAGAGACAGUUGACUGAAAUGAUCCCUCUGAACAAAGUGGCACGUGCCUCAAAAAUCUACUUUGUGUCUAUAUUUGGUCAAAAAUGUACAACAACAAAAAAAUAAAUCUCAUGUAAUAUUUUGUAAAAAUAAAAAUAAAAAUAUGCCUGCAAAAUCUCCAUAAAAGCAGUCUAAAUUUGGUAAAUGGUUGAAACGUUUACCAUAUGUCAGAAAUAAAAUCCCACAGAGUACCAUCUCUGAAGUUUAUAAAUGAACUGUAAAGCUAAUGGCUAAGACUUUACCGCAUCCUGGAAGUAAAGGAAUCCUGCAGCUUCAUACAGAUACGGUAUUGCUAUUGUCUGGCAAACACGUGCAACGUCUUGUAAUCGUAUUACUAAAUCAUCUUCACACCCCACUAAAUAAGGACAGAGUGUGGAAGAAAUAGUUUUAAAACAAAAAGGGUGGCGGGAUGCGGGGGGAAUUAAAUUUAAAUUAAACUAAC